AUGUCAGCUAUACAAUCGUUUCUGCAGGAUCGCCCCAAGUACACCAUGCAGGGUGUGAUAUCUUACCUCGAGUCAUUUGAAACUUUUAAGGAAAUGGAGCUAGACGAAAGGGAUAAGAAGAUCAAGGUGCUGGAGGAGAAGUUGAAGGCUGUGGAGAACGAGCUGAAGAUUUACAAAGAGCGAGACGAAGAAUCUGCUCGUCGGAUUGAAAUAUUGGAGCUUGCAUUGAAGAUGAACUUUGACGGAGCAAGUACAGUUCUGCUUAAGGCAGCGCGAGAGAAGGAAGAGGAUGUUGAGGUCGAAGCUCGUGCAGAGAUAGUCUGUACAGAAGGCGAGCAAGUCGAUGACAUGUCUGCUUUCUUUGGCAACAAGCUCAAACCGUUCGAAGAAUCGACGACAGAGAUCAAGGGAUACCGUGAAUUUGCAUCUUUGCGAAGCCACAUGGACAGCAUCAACGAUCUCAGCUGGAACUCGAACGGCUCGCUCCUCCUGUCUGCCUCUGAAGACGGCUGCUUGAAGCUAUGGUGCCUGAAGAGCAUCAAGGCAGUCACGAAGGCCUCUAACACGGUGCCCGACAUCGAGCCGCUCAUCACGUAUCGCGGUCAUAAUGGAGCUGUAAACUGCGGAAUCACAGUCUCCGCGGGUCGCGGGGACCCAAACGGUUUCUGCGUGAGUGGAGGGCUUGACGGAUCAGUCCGCCUGUGGGAUACACCCAAGGUAGAGCAGGAUCUUUACGAUAGCGUGGGCUGCAGCGUUCGCAACGAGAGGAUGUGCUAUACGUAUCACAGCGAUGCUGUGUGGGCGAUAACCUACACCGCAAAGCAUCGAUUCCUCAUCUCAGGAUCUGCCGACGGUAUAGUGAAAGGAUGGAGCAUCGGGGACUUGCUGGAGACCAAAGAUUCCGAACUGAUCGAGGGCGGCAACAUUCAAGACCAUGACCGACCGGCUGUCCACGACUACCGUCGGCAAGGCUCUCUGGCCGAGCCCGGAGUAGCCAUCGCCAUUGAAACCAGCCCCCAAGACGCGGACCAUUUCUUUGCCUUGUAUGACAACGGUGCUGUUGCAGACUUUGACGUCGCUUCACAAACUGUGAGGCUAGACUUUCUGGUCCAGUCGGAGCACAACUCGAGCACGCCUUGCGCAUCCAAGGCACCAUCGGGGAAAACAGUCUUCCAGCUCCCAGCCCACGAUGCCCCAGUCGUAUCGGUCAUGACAGGAGGCGCGGAUGGAACGUGCCGUGUAUGGGACCUUCGCAAGCAGAGAUGCGUCUGCGAGAGCCGGUUGGAAGCGAGCAAGUUCGGCAACAGGAGCAUACAGGUAGCAGCCAACCCCUGCAAGAAGAUCAUCGCUGUCGGGUCCGUGGACGCAAGGGUGUCACUGCUCUCAUCCUAG